UACUGGCAAAACAUGGAAGGUUUUCAGAGUAUCACCGUUGCACAAUUUUGAGUAUACAACAGUACGAAUGAAGCAAUAUGGUCAGCGAAUGCGAGAAGGUCUCACUACCUUGCUGACAGAUUCUACGCUGGAUGCGCAUUAUGAAGUAAAUUUCUCUGUGGCAGAAGGACUCACUCUGACACAGAACGACAGUGAGGCCAUAAAGAUAUUGGUAAAUGUUACGAAGAGGAAAAACGGCGAAGAUUUACGAAGCAAAUAUUACAUUGGGUUCAUGGUGUGCAGAGGUGCGUCCAAAGGGUUAGAAGAACAGUUCACAAUUCACUUGCCAGUGCUGCUGUGCAGUGGAACAGUGCGAGCUGCCAAAUCAGUGCAUUUCCUUCUUCAGAAAUUCUUUGACUGCUCUGUCAAUUCUUAUCAGUUAUCACAGGAAGAUCUGAUGUGGUUCUGCGCAUUACAGGCAGACGAGAAGGACACACGCAAAGGAAUGUCUCAAGCUGAGCUCAUGUUCUCGUUCCCACAGCUCUCUGUACGGAACAGAAUUCGGUUUAAAGUUCCACUUAACAGUCUAAAAUAUUUGUGGGACAGGUAUGUAUCUACAUAGGAUGUGAAGGUCUCACAGCAGUGGCUGUGAAGAAUGCUACCUUCUGGGAUAUAAAGCAAUGUAGGCUGUUAAAAGUCAACCACUGUUUCAGAGAAACUUAUUGCCUCCAUCUUCAUGAAUAAGCUGAGCAAGAAGCCAGCAUGAA